GGUGCCGGGAGGAUGUCUGGCCCCGGAACAGGGACUGCUAACAGGGUUUGAGCUCGCUUGUUUGCCCUUGGGAAAAAAUCUUCACCCACUACAGAAACUAAAACGCCCGGCUAGAUGGACCUCCUGCCUGAAUCUUGGUCUCGAUGUUGGAAAUCCUCUUCCUUCUCGUUUUAGCCCCAGGAUCUUCUUGCUAUCUCUUCCCCAGCCCGGCGCCCCAACACUUUUUGUUUAUAUCACCCCUCUUUGCCCCUGAGAUUUAGGAAAGCCACUCUGCCUGCAAAGUGGCUCUGAUGCUCUAGAUGGUUCUCCGAGUCUUCCCAUCAGAGACCUCCUCUAACUAGUACUACUUACUCUCAAUUACAGUCCUUUAUUUCCCGCACAAUGCUUAUCAAUAUUUCUGAUCUUUUCAUCUGUUGAAUGUUUUCUUUUGUGACAAAAUCACGUUUUAUCCUCUAAUGAGACAAAGCUCUACCCAGAGGAGACAGGAGGCCGGAGAGUGGCAAACACACACCGGAAAGUCCACAGACCUUGCUGCAACUCUGUCCACAGUGAGACGCUCUGGGUGUCAACGACCAGGUCCCAGGGUCUCAAGAACAGAACCAAUCACUCUUGUGCCGCUGAGAAUUCUGGCUUUAAAAUAUUCGCAUCCCAAGAACCUCCAGAAAUCCUAGAACGAUCCCCGGUGGGGUGUGAUUGCCAGGCAGUAACUGUGGACCCAGAGCCUGGCUCCGCCCCGCGGGACUCCAAGCGCAGCUGUCACCUCCCAGCUGCUACCCGACUGGCUUUCACGUGGGCUGUGCAGUUCAACAACAGCUCCUCGUCCGGAACUUCCUGGGGCGGCGACCAAUCGCAGAAUCCUUCCUGUCCGUGCCCCGAUCAUCCCGCUGCCAAUCGGCGCGCCUCCGCCCCCGCCCCUUAAAGGCGCCGACGCCGCCGCGGAGCCGGGCGAGCGACUCGAGGUUCCGGCCCCCACCCGCAGCAUGGAGGCCGCAGGGGGGCGGCUCGGGCCGGAACCGGACCUUUCGGCCGUCGCCGAUUAUCAGGCCGCGAAUUUCAGCGGCCAGCCGGUCCGAACGCCUUCGAAGCCUCCCUCAGUCUUGAGGGCGUCCGGGGAGGAAGAGGCUGAGAACGUUGGGGUCGCUAGCCGUCACCCACGAGCGUCCCCGAAGACGUCGAGCGGCAGCAUCGUCCGCGGGCCGGAGCCGGGCGCUUGGGAGGAACAGCCGGGCAUCAGGGCGACGCCGUCAGGGACCGGGGGACGCGGGGGACCCGCAGGUUCUGAGCUCGCCCCGCCCCCGUCCUCCUGGCACCAGGACCCCGAGCCCGGCGAGAACCAGCCUUCCGCCCUGAGGGUCUGCCGUCGAGGGAGCCCUGGCGGUGGCGGCGUCGAGAUGGAUGUGGCGCCUCCGCAGCGAGAGGAUGCAGACCACGACGAAGAGGAGGCGGCGGCGGGUAGGGCUGGCCGCUCGUUCCCCAGCCGCCUUCAGGACAGCCGCAGCCUGGACGGGCUGAGUGGGGCGUACGGCGGAGGGGGAUCCUCGGCGACUGGCGAGGCCGGCGCGGGCGGGGGACGUCGCGCCACCAUCUCCAGCCCCCUAGAGCUGGAGGGCACGGUGAGCCGCCACGGCGACCUUACCCACUUUGUUGCCAACAACCUACAACUCAAGAUCCGUCUGAGUGGCGCCCCCCCGCCCCUUCCCCCUGCCUCUGCGCGGCCCAGCCUGACCCCCGCACCCACCCCCACUAUUCCUCCCAUCGACCCCGACGUGCUGAGGGAUCUGGAGCGGCUGAGUCGCGAGCUGGGCGGCCGGGUGGACCGUCUGCUCCGCGGGCUGGGUGGUGCGGUGCAGGAGCUGACAGCAUUGAGCGUGGGCUGUAUCCAGACCUACCGCGACGCCGUGGAUUCUUUAGGCGAGGCCGUGGACAUGAGCAUCAAAGGCAUGUACACCUUACUUGCGCGCUGCGAGGAGCUGGAACGGGCUCUGCAACCGGUUCAGGGGCUGGCACGCCAAAUCCGAGAUAUCCGACGUACUCUGGAGGUGUUGGAGGCCCUAUGCAAGUGACCAGGAGCCCAGAGGAGAGAGAGGCCAUGCCUAACCUGGCCAGGCCGGGGUCCAGUCGGACCCUAAGGAUUCUUCGAGAAGCCCUGGUGGAAACUGCAGGCUGAGGGGAGGCCUGUGCGUUAGAGGUUCUUCUACAAGCGUUUAGGUGGCCUGUGCCCAUUCUCGGAGUAAUGUGUGAAUGGAAUGGGGAAGUCGUAAAGAUUUUCCUGCUGCAAAGGGCUGUAGCUCUGCUUCUAUUCAGUUGGCCAACAGUCUACCCUGUUCUUCCUGACUCUUCUCCCUCGCUGAACGCCAUCCUUGGGAACGCAAGCCUUUAGAUCUCUGCUGGUGGGGUGGAGCAGACCACCACGCGUGCCGAGAAGAGAACGGAAGGGGCCACUGUUUGCUGUGGCUGUCCUGAUCCCAGUGAUCAGACCCCAAGUGCCAGGGGGCUUUAGGAGCUUGAGUGGUCCUCGGCAGGCACCGUGCAGGCAAGGGCGCACAUCUGCUAAUGCAUAACCUUCUGCUUCUUCCCUCUGGUUCCCUAAAAUGCCACGGGGUGGAGCAAGCAGGUGCACAUUUCCUGAUGGAGAGGGUGAGGUUCUGGAGGUGUCUCACCGCUCUCGGUUAAGUUUAGAAUUGUUGCUGGUUUUGAAGCCCACCUGUUGUGGAGAGUUUUGUGAAAUUAAAGUGCCGCUGCUGC